AAGCUAAAACACUACAGAACGCACCAGCUACAAAAGCAAUAUGAAGAACAUUAUUUUGUGUACACUUUUAGUGGCGAUGUGUUUAGUAAUGGAAACGAAAGCGGACUGCGAGUAUAUGGGCAAAAAUUAUAAAGUGGGAGAAAAAUACACACAGAACUGCGCUGAGUUUACUUGUCAGUCAGGAGGAGGUUUUGGUGGUCUUACAUGCGCAUUAUACGAAUGUAUGGAAGGAAAGAAAAUCGGAUACAAAGAACAGGACAACAGUAAACCUUAUCCGCAAUGCUGCGGAGGUCCGAUUUGCUUGCCUUGAAAUAGACGUUGGCUAGUGGUGACCGAUGUUAAAUGGAAAAAGAAAUUGUAUCUGCGAAAUGAUUUAUGGAGUAACACGAAGCUAAAUAAACUGACACCAUAA